GCGAGUAAUCUCUGCAUAACAGAUGCAGAAACACUUCACUAGGAGAGCACAGACGGCACAAGCUUCAUUGAUCUUAUUGUCUAUUGCUUUUUAUAAACUUCCAAUUGUUUCUUGAAUUUACACCUCUGAUCCUGACUCAGGUGUUUAUUGGCGAGUUGCCUCAGGACUUCUUGCGCAUCACUCCCACUCAGCAACAACAGCAGAUUAAUUUGGAUGCACAGGCGGCUCAACAGCUACAGUACUCGGGAGCAAUGGGUACAGUUGGACGACUCGGCAUCACCGUGGUUCAGGCCAAGCUUGCAAAAAAUUAUGGCAUGACUCGGAUGGAUCCUUACUGCAGGAUACGUUUGGGAUAUGCAGUGUAUGAAACACCCACAGCACAUAAUGGAGCGAAAAACCCGCGGUGGAAUAAAGUGAUCCAGUGUACCAUUCCUCCUGGGGUGGACUCUUUCUACCUGGAGAUCUUUGAUGAGAGAGCUUUCUCCAUGGAUGACCGCAUCGCUUGGACGCACAUCACUAUACCUGAGACGCUGAAGGAGGGAAAGGUGGUCGAUGAAUGGUUUAGUCUGAGUGGGAGGCAGGGGGAUGACAAGGAGGGCAUGAUUAACCUUGUGUUGUCCUUCUCGUCCAUGCCAGCAGCAAUGAUGAUGCAGCCUCAACCUGUGGUUUUAAUGCCUACAGUGUAUCAACAGGGAGUUGGCUAUGUGCCCAUUGCAGGUCUUGAUUACUUAACUCUGGGUAUGCCAACAGUUUACAACACUGGGUUACCUGUGACCGCACCGCCUCCUGUGAACCCCCAGCACCAAACCAGCGAUGCUGACCUAAAAGCCCUGCAGGAUAUGUUCCCCAUUAUAGACCCUGAAGUCAUCCGUACUGUUCUGGAAGCCCAACAUGGAAAUCGAGAAGCUGCUAUCAACUCCCUGCUCCAGAUGGCAGAAGAUUCAUAGUGUCUGUCUCCUUUCUGUAUGCCAUCCCUCGCUGAUCUUUUGUUUGACUUGUCAAGGUGGAAUUGUCAUUCUGUCCUUUUCCAACCUUUGAGAUAUGCAGUUAUUGCUGCUCAUGUGUGCUGACUGUUGAUUGUGACCUUCCCAGCUUCUCAAGCAGUUCCUGAAGUUGGAUGUUGCUUCACAUUCCUUCUACGCAAACAGUGUACGCAUUGACGAAAAUACAAUUUUCUGGAAUUUACAUGAACCCACAGUAGACUUAUGUAUGUUCUGUAUUAUGAGUGAGCUGUAGAUUUUAAGAUGCUUGACAGAUUCUUUCCUUGUAAUUAAUUAAUUGUAUGCCUACUUAAAUUAGCAAUCCUGCUAAAUUAAUACUGCUAAACCAUUUUGCUGAAUAUUAACAAAAUGCAUAAUCCUAAAUCAUUGCUUGCUACAGCAGCUGUAAUCAUACACCUGAAACAGAUCAUUUUAUUGGCCCCUGGGCAUCUCCAGUGAGUGGCUGCAUGUGAAGUAAUGACUGGUUGUUAAGUUCUUCUCCACAAAAUUUGCAUAGUACAAAUUCUUUUAAAGUCUAUUGGCCCUAUUAUCUUUGUAGAACACUGCAUAGGUCAAAGCAGAUUGCUAAACCACCAGUGGAAAGAUAUGUGCCUAUGCUCUACCAGACUUUAAGUUUGAAAUCGGUAGCCAAGGAUGGGUGUGGGUUGUAAGAUAAAAAUGGCCUUGUUUGUCUGGCUGUGUGACUGUAAUGUAGUCUGUUUAAAAGUUACAAAGUGGAACAAGAGGUGCAACAAGUUCAAAAGGGGAGUUUGGGAACAUUUAAAACUGAGUAUACAACAUGGUUGGAAGGGGCAACAUUGAAAUACUAAGAGUGACCGCAAUAGAAGCAAUCAACAAUAUAUUGACUUUGUAAUGUGCCACCUAAUUAAGUCAAUUUACUUUUUAAUUGAAACCAUAAAGUCAACACAACACACAAAAAAAAGCUUAGAGUGGCUGAUUCAUUGAUGAAUGAUAUUCACAAUAUUAGCAAUUUUUAAUAAAUAUACCGUUUGAAUAUAUAUUCUAGUUAAAAUUGCUAAUAUUGUUACUCGUUAAUAUUCCCCCAUUAGUGUGAGUGUGUGGUUCUAUUCUAUUAACCACUUUUGUGCUGGGACACACGUCUAAACUCACUGAUUUACACAAUUUCUGGUCUACAAUGAUGCACUUUACCAAGAGAUCCAUAAUUUAAAUAACUAAUUGGGCUUACGCAUUAGCCCUGAAUAUUUAAAUAAAAAUUGUUGUAUUUUAUGCUACCAAAAAAAUUCUAACUUUUCUUUUUCAUUGAACUUGUUUUUAAGUUAAUGUAUGGAGUACUCUCAAGGAAAAUAAACCGCUUGAGAAAGUUUGUUAUAUAUCUUUAAAUUUUAUUUUUGUAUUCAACCCCAGGUCCUUGUUUUACUUGUUUGGGUUGCACAGACUACGGUAGUAUAGUAUGUUUCCAGAAAAUAUAUAUUGUGUGCAUGUAUUCUGUGAUAGUGCAAUAGCGAAGUCGUUUUUUUGCACUGCUGUCGAUGAACUAUACAUCGGUUUGUGAGAUGGCAUAACAGACCCUUUUCAGAUGCAAAUUGUGUCUACCCAUGGUAUAGAAACAUAUGAAAUGACCUGUGAUCUGUCUAUAUAGGUCUACAGACCAUGAGGUGUGGGCCUAGUACUGUGUAGGAAACUUGAUACUUUACUAUAAACAUAAUCCAAAACCUGUAUGUACAAUGUCAAACAAGCUAUUCAGUUGAGGAAAACUGUUAAUUACCAUUAAGUACCACUUGAGUACUAGAUGGAUAAUUGGUCUUUAUGACAUUAACAAUCAAUGAAAAUCAAAAUCCUCCCCAGAACAUGGUCAGUAUAAAAACAGAAAGUUGUGCAAAAGUAGAAAGGGUGCCUUCAGUACCCAAAAGAAAACCCAAAACUGCAUGCAGCAUCAGUCAAGGCUUGAAGCAGAUACAAAAACAGGCUCAGGUAGAAGAGGUUAAUGUGUUGGUGAUAGUGUCACCAAAAUAUUAAAUAAGAAGUGAAACGGCAAAAUACAAUACAAACCUUUUGGGCAGAAAGCCAUUUGUCAAUGUACAUCUGCUCUAAGAAUGUCUUGGAAUGCAGAAUCCUGCUGAUUGCUUUACAAAUGUAGACUAUCAACGGAGCUUAGUAGGUGAAAUAAAAGCGUAGUUUUUAAGACCAGCGUGUUACCUAAUGACAUUCAUUUGUUUUUCCUCAACAGUUUGUUGUUUUUUUUUAUUUCUUUUAAUGCUUCACUGAAUUUCUUUUGCACCUAUAAUUUUGUUGUUUGCCGGUGUGUUUUUUUCCUCACCCUUAUAUCAUGAACUUUCUGUUGUAAUUCACAAUGUGUCCAUUUUUCUAUUAUUCAUGUUGCCUGUGAUACUCUCAUAAAGCUAUAUAUAUUUU